GCCCUAUUGCACAACACCAAACCCAAGCUUCACGAUUUGGUUCGUGAACAGCACUUCACCACCAUCACUAGAUAACCUCACUCCCUGACAAUCAUCACAUUCUAUCCCAUCACCAUGUCACACAAGUCAUUUGGCGGCUCAUCCGUCUACUCGGAUGACACCAGCUCGUCAACAUGGACAACUACAUAUGCCAGAGUCCCCAAGAAGCAGCCCAUGGCUAUCCGUUUUCUGUCUUGGGUUGCCGGUGCACCUCCAGGUGUCACUGCCGUCAAGAAGAGAACCCGAGACUUUGACGAUGACCGCUCUGUCCGGUCUGGCGGGUCAUCCUUUUCUUACUGGAACGAACCAGAAACACAGCUCUUCUGGGUUGCCCGACCUCACGGGUACUACUACUACGGCGGUAGUACCAGCAGCAACAGCAGUGGCAGUAGUAGUAGCGGCAGCAGCCGAAGCAAGAAGAGCGGACGCAGUCGCAAGAGUGGCGGAGGCUCUCGUAAGCACUUUGACGGAGCCGUUCCCCGCCCUCCAGUACAACCCAUGGGGAUGCCGAUGCCGAUGCCGAUGCCGAUGCCGAUGAACGGCGGCCCACAUCCGCCUCCGCCUCCGAUGGGUCCACCCAUGGACGGAGGAUUCGACCCCGGAUUCAACGGAGGCUACGAUGAUGGUGUUUACGAUCAAGGACAAGGCCACGAUGGUGGCUACGGAGGUGGUUACUCUCCUGCACAGAUGAAUGGCCCUGCUCCUCCUAUGCCACCACCUCCCAUGAACGCUCAAAUGCCUGAAGCAGCAGCACCUUUCAUCAACGUGACUGGUCAAAACCAACCAGGCAAUCCUUUCCAGGGCGGAAGUGGUCCCAGGUCAGAGAGUGAAUGGAGUUCUGACUGGAGUGAUCAAGAAAUGUAAUGUUAAGAGGAAGCACCUCUUUAUGUUUAAUGAUUGUAUAUGGGAUGUAUGGUUAACGACAACUGGGACGGCGAAAGGCGUUUUAGGGAUUGAAUUAUUACUUUGUGAUUAUCUAAUGAAUAUGAUGUCUAUGCUAUC